GCCUUGCACAGCGCAUGCUCCGGAGUAGCGCUGCAGUCUGUGAGCUCGGGCCUACCGACCCUGACUGUAAGGAGGGAGGGGAGGGUCGACUCUCCUCCACCACCUCACCAUGUAGCGGGCAUUCUUCAGCCUUACUGCGGCCUGUGUCAAUGACGAACCCCAGGGAUCCAGUUAAGAUGUCGGAAGAGUCCAGGCCUCGCACUGUAAUUUUUGGCCAGAUAGUUAUUGGGCCACCUGGCUCAGGGAAGACUACCUACUGCUUGGGGAUGCAAGAGUUUCUCUCCAAGCUAGGUCGUAAGGUGGCAGUAGUGAACCUUGACCCUGCUAAUGACCUCAUUCCAUACCAGUGUUGUGUGGACAUUGGUGAGCUGGUGAAACUUGAUGAUGUUAUGGAUGGCCUUGGACUUGGCCCUAAUGGAGGACUCAUUUACUGCAUGGAAUACUUAGAGGAAAAUCUGGAUUGGCUACUGGACAAGCUGGAACAAUUCAAGGACUGUUAUUUCCUUUUUGACUGUCCUGGUCAGGUGGAGCUGUACACACACAACUGCUCUGUGAGGAACAUCCUUGCACAGUUAACCAAGUGGAAUUUCAGGCUAACAGCUGUCCAUCUGGUAGAUUCUCACUACUGCACUGAUCCUGCAAAGUUUAUUUCCAUCCUAUGCACAUCCCUGUCCACCAUGCUGCAAGUGGAGUUACCUCAUGUCAACAUCCUCUCCAAAAUGGAUCUCAUUGAACAGUUUGGAAAAUUAGCAUUCAAUCUAGAUUAUUAUACUGAGGUGUUGGAUCUGUCUUACCUGUUGGAUCAUUUAGCCAAAGACCCUUUCUUCAAAAGCUUUCGACGUUUAAAUAAGAAGCUGGUGGAAGUGAUUGAAGAUUACGGUCUGGUUUCCUUUAUACCACUUAAUGUGCAGGAUAAAGAGACCAUGAAGCAUGUGAUGAGGGCUGUCGAUAAGGCCAACGGAUACUGCUUUGGGGACUCAGAGCAGAGAACUUUGGAAGCCAUGAUGUCUGCAGCUGUGGGAGCAGAUUUCCAGUUCACCAUGUCCAUGGAUGCUCAGGAGAAAUAUGUGAAAUCAACUGAGGAGAAUGUGGAGGAGGAGCUGAUGCAGCUCUCCCAUGCGCACACAGACUUCAACACUACGUGAAUUCUUCAAUUCGGUGCCUGUGGUGAUUGGCUUCACUUGAUAUAGACUCUAAUGGAGUUAACAUCUCUCCAAAUGCUUGCUGGUUUCCUGUGUGGAUGUAUAUACAGGACAUUUCCACACUUGUAACAGUUCAGCCAUGGAUUCACCCACUGAUAGCAAGAUGGACUGAAGGAAGUCAGCAGCUAAUUGACUCCUUGUAGUGCUUGGAGUGGAAAUUUUUGAAAAAUGAGUUGUCUCCAGUAUGUUGAAUUUUUUUUUUAUAUAAAUAGGUACCCAAUAAAGAUGUUUUACUUUGCUA